GCGCCCUUGCAGUGUGUCUGGCUGGGUGCUGCCGCGUGGGUGCCCUGCGAAGCUGCUCCGCCUCUCUCACUCUCUCACUUACUCGCCACACCAUAGACGAGAGAGGGAAGGAGAGGGAGAUACACGCAGCUUCCAAUACACUCUUCUUGCGUCCUACGAGCAUGACCAGACAAUGACCUCCGCGAAUUCGUCUUCAGGGGGCAGGUGGUGGUGGAGGGUGAUGGCGCUGGUGGUGGCGGUGGUGGCGGUGGUGCUGGUGGUGCUGCCGAGCCCUACACACGCCCAGUACUACGAUGAGCUAGUCGGCCCCUGCGCGGACUACCAGCCAGGGGAGGACGACCUGCAGGCCUUCGACUUCAUCCGGCAAUUCCAACUCGACGUCUUGGAGCAGAACUAUACGGGUGUGAAGCGAGUCCGUGGGUCCAACCGCAUGCAGACCGCCUACCGUCUCAAGGCUGAUGCUAACCUGCAGAUUGCCACCAGGGACAUCUUUCCACAAGGGUUGCCGCAGGAGUUCUCGCUGAUCUGCACCUACCGCUCCCGCCGGCCUCCGCGCAACCCUUGGGACAUCAUCAGGAUCAACGACAUCCGCGAAAGGCCUCAGUUCGCCGUCACGCUCAACCCCAUCCAGAAGCACGUCGAGCUCUCCAUCCUCUCCUAUGACGGCUCCCUCAGGACGCUCCGUUUCAAUCAGACGGAGGAAGCCUUCAACGAGAGAUGGCACAAGCUACACUUCGGGGUCUUCCGGGAUCGCGUAACUCUCCACUUGGACUGCGAGAGGACCACUCAAGUCAACAUCGACCCCCACGGACCCAUAGACGUGAACGGCAACAUCUACAUCGCCAAGCAGCAAGGAUCUGCAAGAACCGUCCCAAGGAAAAGGAGGAAAUCCAAUAUCGAGCUCCAGUGGAUGGUGAUGAGCUGCGACCCGUCCAGCCCGGAGCGGGAGACCUGUGACGAGCUGCCGCCGGUGCGACGCGUGGACUCCGAGCAGAUCGGGCCGCAGCAGUGCGAGGAAGUGUGUCCCCGCGGGCCGCCGGGCUUCAACGGCACUGAUGGUCGCAGGGGGCGGAGAGGACCCCCUGGCCCGCCAGGACCUUCCGGAGAACUGGGUCUGCCCGGCUUCCCCGGCGACGAUGGCCUGCCCGGCGCACAGGGACCUACAGGCGCCGUGGGGCCGCGAGGACCACCGGGGCGUCAGGGCGAACCAGGGCCUCAGGGGCAGAUUGGACCAUCGGGACCUCCAGGACCCACUGGACUCACAGGAGCGCUGGGACCCGUCGGCCCGAAAGGAAACAAUGGAGAGCGGGGUCUUCCAGGCCCUCUUGGUCCCUCUGGCCCGCGGGGAGAUCCUGGGCCAAAAGGUGUGCCUGGCGAUGCAGUGCUGGUCUCCGGACCAACGGGAGAGCAGGGACCACCAGGGCCGCCGGGGUUGCAGGGUUUAGACGGGUUGGACGGGGUGCCGGGGCAGCCAGGCUCCAAAGGAGACAAAGGUGCACAAGGCGAGCGAGGAAACACUGGACGCCGGGGGCUGCGCGGAGAAAAAGGCGACUCGGGGACACCAGGCCUGACGGGGCCGCGAGGCUUCCCUGGGGAGACGGGACCGGCUGGGCCACCUGGCAGACCCGGCGGAGAAACUAACGGAGAGACCGUCCCGGGACCCCCUGGCCCACCUGGUCCCUACGGUCCCGUCGGCCCCCCUGGCGAGCCAGGCGUCGUGGGACCCAUUGGCUCUCCUGGCCCCGAGGGACCCCCGGGACCCCGAGGCGACAAAGGUGAUAGAGGCAGCGAGGGCGUACCAGGCAACGACGGGGCCAAGGGUCAAUCUGGACGGACCGGGACGGUGGGCGCAAAGGGAGAGAAGGGCGAGGCAGGGCUGCCGGGCAUCACGGGACUCAUCGGCAAGCCCGGCGUUGUCGGUCUUCCGGGACCAGAGGGCCCCAUGGGUCCCCCGGGGCCUCAGGGAAUCAAAGGUGACGCCGGUGCCCGAGGAGAGGCAGGCUUCCCCGGUGAGCCCUCCCCGCCUGGCCAGCCCGGACCUCAGGGACCUCAGGGGCCCCAAGGAAGCAGGGGGGAGGAGGGUCCCUCGGGGCCACCUGGACCCCCCGGAUUGCAGGGAGCCCCGGGCAACCCUGGACAGCUCGGACUUAUUGGACCCAAGGGUCACCCUGGCCUGCCGGGCCUGAAGGGAGAAGCAGGGAAGCGCGGAGAGCGAGGAGACGUGGGGUCCAUAGGGCCACCAGGCGCCAGGGGCCUCGCAGGGCCACAAGGCCCUGCUGGACGAUCUGGCCGCGAUGGGAAUAACGGCAAACCGGGACAGCAAGGACCUAUCGGACCCCGAGGACUGCCAGGACCCGCGGGACCAUCUGGGCCCAUGGGACAGUCUGGGCCUCCGGGUAUUCCUGGGUUCGUCGGAAAGCCCGGGCCCCCAGGACCCCCCGGACCCCCGGGACCUCCAGGUGACUCGUCGUCGGCCCCGGUGAUGGCGAUCGCCGGUGAACGGGCAUACGGGAUACCGGGCAUUGCUGGGCCCCAGGGGGAGAGAGGACUGCCUGGUGAGCGAGGUGCGGAUGGGGAUCGCGGCCCCCCCGGCAAGCAGGGCCACCCCGGCAUGUCUGGACCAGCAGGGCCGUCGGGUCUUCCGGGAUCGCCUGGCCAGCGAGGCGCACCGGGGAACGAGGGCUUGCCUGGCAGACCCGGCCGCGAGUACACUGAGGAACAACUUCGAGGGAUCUGCGCUUCUGUCCUCCGAGACCGUCUUGAGGAACUGACUGCAGGGCUGCAGGGUCCGCCAGGCCAGCCCGGACGAGGCCGCAUAGGGCGCCCCGGGCCCCCUGGAAAUCCCGGGGAGCCAGGUGUCCCCGGAUCCCCCGGAGAGGUGGGCCCUCGAGGGUACUCAGGCUUCCCCGGGACAGCAGGACCCUCAGGGCCGGCGGGUGAGCGAGGGCCCCGAGGCCACAAGGGUGACCGCGGCCAGAUGGGCGAGGGCAGGGACGGCAAGGUGGGACCGGCGGGAGAGCCAGGUCCACCAGGGCCCCCGGGGAUGGGUGUACAAGGGAGGAUAGGUGACCGAGGACCCCCUGGUCUCACAGGUCCCCAGGGCGGGCGGGGAGCUCCCGGCCCGCAGGGUCCACCUGGCCACUGCGAGUACUGCAACCCGUCGCUUGCCUACCAAUCUGCCGUCGCAGCCCAGGGCAAUACCAAGGGGCCGUAAGCACCCCCGAAGCUUCUACGACCCACGCAGCCUGAAUGACGGCGCUCCUCCGCCGAGGCUCCACACGAUGCUUUGCUGCUCUUCACUAAACAAAUUAAAAGUUCCUCUGCAAUAAGUGUCUUCAGAGCCGCUCGAUGCUGCCCCAUACCUAUACGGAAAUUACUUCGCCCUGCCUGGAUGCACUGUCCUGCUGCGCGCAAGGCUUCAUCCUCCUUGUCUCAUGUAUCCCCGGCCACUGGGGGCAUUUCUUGCCUCAAUGAGUCACGGCACGCUUCCUGCCUGCUGCGGCGCCGCAUCUCGCCGCAGAGGUCACUUGACUUUCCUGAGCCAAGAAAACAUAUCACAAGUGCCUUGGGGGCGGCCGUCGUGGGGGCUCGUCCUCUCAGCGUUCACUGCCACUCGCGUUGUGUUUUGGUCACUGUUUCCUUCUGUAGUACGUAAGUUCGUCCCCGAAGACUGGAAGGCUGUAGAAAAUAAUGAUGGACGCACUGUCUUGAGAUUUCGUUGUUAUGGCAACUUACUGUUAUCAUCGACACUACUCACUCACAGAGGGUCUUGCCGCACUGCCUUGAAAUAUGCUCCCUUGUCUAUGAAGACACACAGUGACUUCGACUUCUCUGUCAUUUGUUUUAAUCACUAGGAUGAUGACACUCCUCAAGACUUUACUCGAUGAAGUUCAGCCAGUGACAUUUCCAGGUAUACUUGUCAUGGAAUUGUACUGAUAAGUUUCUUGUUAUCCUGCUGUUUAUGACCACCUUUACCAUACCCAGCCAUUUUUUCCCUGUAUUAAAUUUCACACAUUUUAUUUUUGUUGUUGUUUUUGUUUUCAAUAAUACAUACAAGUUUGCACAAAUAUUUUCAUAAUUGAUCCUUUUAUCAUAAAAUUCUAAAUGUAAUCUUAGUUUUCCUAUUGCGUUUCUUGUUAUCCGUGAAGCAAUAGUUGCGAUGAUUGUUUCUUUCCCACACGAAUUAGCGCAGUCUCGGCGUAGUUGGUUUCUGUGUAGAGUCCAACCCUUACACUCGCUUGGCAAAGCCACCAACACCGUGGCCCCAGUACACACACACACACACACACACACACACACACACACACACACACACACAGGAUAAAAACACCAGAGCCGCAACCAGACAUAUUAUGUCUCAAAAGUCCGAAGUUAAAUGAGAGGCGAGGCCGCGACAGGGCAAAAAUAACACGUCGUAAAAGGCGUUCUCACCCCACACAUUGCUGCGCACAUGUCAGUGGACCACCACCGAAGCUGGGUGCUGUAUUCGAAAACCAUAAAAACAUGGUGUCUGUGAGUUGCAGACUUGCAUUUACCUGCUGCCUCUAAAUAAAUGAAAGGGAUGGAUGAGAUAAUUAUGAACUGCGCAUUGCGGCCCCGGAUGUCAGGCUGACUCUGUACUGCCGUGUGAAGCGACCACUCGGGGUACGAAGCAUCGGGAUAAUUCUUCUCCGUAAUGUGGGAGAGAACCGGUCCCACUUUUUGCGUCAGAAUAUGUAGGUUGCGGGCUUGACGUGGCUUGCCCAUAUCCCCGCCACCCAGCCAGUUCACCUUCCGAACUGCCAUCAUGUAUAUUCUGUACAACUAACCAUUGUAUGUAUAUAAAAUAAUUUUUUACCAAAGUUAAUAAAUAGUUGGCCAACAG